AUGGCUACAGCGAAUGGUAGAGCCGCCUUUAUUGUGAUAACUGAAGACCCGCAGCAAGAUCGCGGCAAGCGCCUGAGCCAAGUGCGAUCGCAUCUCGCCAAAGAGCGCCAUCGAUCUCGUCGGGGAAAUGAUCGACUCGGGGUGCAUAGCAAUGGCAGUAGUGAUAGUCAGGAUUUCAGGACACCGACCCCGGAGAGUGCUCUGAGCCUCAUACCGGAGAUCCCAGUCAGGCACAAGUCCCCGCCACUCGCCUCCUCGGCAACUGGGUACCGACGGAUGCAGAAAUGUCCAUCCGUUCUUCUCCCACGUCAUAUACGCAGCGACAUCCCAUACAGCUCUUAUGAGUACAAAGAUUCUGAACGCAUCGGCAUGGGAUGA